AUGUCGUUAGCCAUGGACAGAGCCUUAAUGGCUUUGUCGUUAGAUGAAGAAGAUACCCCGUUUGAGAUGCCAGAUCUACCAGAUUUCACCUCUGCUGAAGAAAAUAAACUCAGCCUGAUGGGAAGGCUCUUAAACCCAGAGCGACAAAGGAUGUCUAAUCUCAUUAUCCAAAUGCCCAGAAAAUGGCAAAAAGAAGGUAAAGUCAGAGGUAUAGCCCUGUCUCAAGAGAAGUUCCAGUUCAUCUUCAACUCCGAACACGACCUUCAAGAUGUUCUGGACAAGGGAGUUCAGACACAUUACGAGUGGGUCAUAGUCUUAGAGCGAUGGAUGGAAAACCCACCGGAAGAUUAUCUGCAGUACAUCCCGCUCUGGGUCAGAAUAAGUAACAUUCCGGAGACUUUUUACACGGUGGAGGCGAUAGGAAAGCUAGGUGACUUUGUGGGAAAGGUUGAACUAGUAGCUUUCGACCCCUCCAAGCCGGUCACGCAGAACUACAUCAGGGUGCUGGUGAAAUUCAACGUGGCUAACCCUCUAAGGAUGUCUAAAGCUCUCACUUACAAAGGCAAAUCUUUUGUUAUCCACUACAACUAUGAGAAUGUGCAGAAAAGAUGCUUUGAAUGCUUCAGACUGAAUCAUGAGAAGGACUACUGUCCCUUAGUAGUCAGGAAAAGACAAGAAGAAGCGGCCGAAAGGAGAAGUAAAGUCUCCCCCCAGUCUACCCCGCUGCAACCCUUUUUCAAAGAAGGUGAUCCACUCAAAGGUGUGCUUGCUGAUUACCAAGUCGGUAUCAACCCAAUGAAUGGCAGACCUAAAAUUUCAAAAGAGGUUCUUGAAGAGUUGCGAAGAUAUCUGCUUGCUGACACUGGGGAAAACAGAGAGAUAAAGGAGUAUAAAAUCAAACAAUCUGUCAGUCUUGCUGAAAAAGAUCCAGUGGCUCAAAAGCUGUGUCUACAGCUGGAGGCUCCACCUCAAGUGACCAAAGAACUCAACAAAGGAAAAGGGCUAGUCUUCGACUACUCCAAGAAAUCAGAAACAGAGCAGUCCGGUGCAAGGAGAGAACCAGCUGAGAAACUGAUGGCAGCCUCGAUCAAAGCCCACUCUUCUCUGAUCCUCAAAAGAGACAAUGAAGUCUUGCUGUUGCGUGACAAAGAAGAGAGUGAUGGUGGGUAUUUCUCUUCGCGUUCUGAUGAACCUACGGGCUUCAGUGCUGGAUUCUAUGACUCUGGUUCUGCCGGGUUUGUCAAAAAGCGCUCUUACCAGAGGAAAAGACCCCCCAAAGCUAGAAGAAUGCAAAGGAAGUUCACAGAGAAAGAAAGGGGAGAGAUACUGGAAGGUCACAGGAGAGAAGGAAAACAAGAGGUGGGAUGCAAGAAAAAGAAGUGGGAAGGUGAAGGGGAGAGGAGUAGGUCAAUCAGCAAGGCACCUUGCAUUAAGGUGAUCCCAAAUGAGGGAUCGCCCAAGCUUUAA